UAACACACUCAGUAUCCAAUCUGACUCGUGCUGGUGCAGUUCAGUUUCUGCAGUGAUGCAGCUCACGCCACGCUCAGUGCAUCUGGUGCAUCUGCUACUUGCUGCCACCACGCUGAUAAGCCCAUCGUGGAGCAAUCAUCAGAGCCAGCAGCUCGCUGUACAAGCAUUAUCACCGGAUGACACACUGUUUGCUCACUUGCGAUGCUUCCAACUGUUUGCCAGCGGGCAACAAUCCCGUGAUCGUGAUGCCGAUGCUGCCGAUUGGUUGGGAGGUAACCGGGAGCGCUAUCUGCAUCGGGUCGAACGAACGCCAGCGUUUGUGAAGUGUGUUUUGGGUCGGAUGCAUUUUUAUGAUUCGUCAGAAAGGCGCUUCAAUGUAAAUAUUUUGAGAACGCAGUAUAAUGCCUACAAACAAUGGAUGACACUGAGCGAGGAAGAUGUUGACGACUUUAUACACGAAGUGAGCAAUAUUGGAGCGCUAAACAGCUCGAAUGAUGAAGAAGUGUACGACGCCCUGAAGCUGCUGUUUACCAAUCACUCAUCUUCAUUCUUUCAACUCUUUCUGCGCGAUCCAACGGUGCUUCAGAAUAUGUAUGACGAUAAGUCUCUUUCAGUUCGCAAACCAAACCAAACGGUGGUUCAGUUUUGUGAGCUCCAAAUGGCAGCAGAACUGUGGGACGACAUUUGUCUUAUACGAGCGUACCAGAUAAGCAACCAUACGGAGGCAAUGGAAAGGCAUAUUGCUUGUAUAUUUCGAGGUUUUCAAUAUCUCGAUGCAAAUAGUUCAAUUGAUGUCAAAGAAAUCGCCAGAGAUUAUGAGCUGACAGGAACAUUACAUGAAGCUUCCAAGAAUUCCAUUGAAGAGUGUGCCAGAAAUGCUUCCGAAAAAGAUGACAUCCCCAAGCGGAGUCUUGCCAUGUACAGCUGUCUACUGGACGGCUCCCACAGUGAGGUGUUCAAGAAGGCUUUCGAUUUCCGUGAAGUACGCUCCGGCAAUCUAACCUUCCUCGUGCAGAACCUCCCAUACGAUCGGGAUCAAGUGAGGCAGCAAAUACUGGCACUGGACAAGGAACAUUGCAAUGAUCAGCAGCCACUUGCUGGUAGGUUUAUCGAGGAUUAAAAGCACUCAAAUCAACACAAACUCCUUGCAAAGCCGUCAUCCUUGACAAACCGCUCAAACAAAGACUCUGUAACGUCUCUUCCCGAUUAACAAACCCUCUUUUGCGAUGCUUACGAUGACUGAUGAUGUGUAAAAAAUGUAUUGUGCGGCCUGCUACAUCAAAACUGAUACUACGGCGUGACCUUGAAUGGUCACAUUACUCUACCCUGGCUAUCGUACUGGAUAUGCUUUGGGACACGCACGACACUGUGGGCGGAUGGCAACGAGUUGCACCAUCGUUAAAUGGAACCGUCGUCCCGGGACCUGACGCGACACACACACAGACACAUACACAGGUUGCUGGUUUUAUUAUCGACCAUAUUAUUGCUUACCAUCCCCCUGCGCCGUAGCGAUACAGACUCUUUCCCCCCGACUCACCCGAGGGUGCAAAUAAACCAUAAAACUCAAUUUUCAAUUAAAAAAUAAAUAGAUACAAACUCUCGCAGUCCACGGCGGCUUUGUGCCCAAGCGGGACACCGUUCUUGUGGCGCGGGCAAGCUGGCGGACUGUGGUAAUUAAGUGCGAAGAAUUGAUUUUUAUGACAAACGAUUAAAACUGGACAAGCUGGCUGGCUGUGGUCUGCAAAGUCUCAGCCUGCUAGUACAGACAAUGCUCCUACGGCUACGGUGCGGCUGCUAGGCGUACAAGGAAACGGAACGUUUCUGGAGCGUAGUGCACCUGAAGCUGCUGCGUGCGAAUUAAGAUAGAAUGCAGAAUGCUGCCCAGUGAAGUCAUUUAUUUCGUUGCACCGUUUAAAUUGGCGCCUGCGCUGGUGAUCACGAGAAGGCUAAGUGGCCGAACGAAGCCCAGCAAGGCAGCUACUGCGAUAACCACAGAGCCACGGCUCAAGCGAACAUUGCUCCGACUACUAUUUUUCAAUUAAAAUAAAGAAAAGCUCCAACACUUCCCAUUC